CUGUCGAUAUAUUAUUAAACUAACAUGAGUUUUACAAAAAAUGAAGGUUUAAAAAAUAUGUCAUCAUUAUGUACAUGUCAACAAAUUGUUUAACGGACUGUUUCAUCUAACUGUUUUAUAAUUAAACCUUAAUUAAGAUCUAGAAUAACUUUUAGUUUUGUUUUUGUAUACAGAGUCUUUGAUUUUACUGUUUACUGUGAUUUUAACUCAAUGGCUAGGAGACCAAAUGCACAUUCCUUCGGAGAAACUGAAAACGACCAACUCAUAUAUGGACUCAAAAGUAAAGUAACGACAUUAAAAUCGCUUACUUUGGAUAUGGGUGACGAAAUUAAAUAUCAAAAUGCAUUUCUCAAUGAUCUAGACAAAGAUACCGACUCUACAUUUGGAAUGUUAUCAUCCAACAUAAAUCGUAUUAAAAGGCUUUCCCGAUCUGGCGGCUGUAAAUUUUAUUUCAUGUUGAUAGCCUUCUCUUUCUUUGUUUUCUUCUUCAUUUGGAUGAUGUUUUAUUAAUAAAAUGACAAGCUAAAUAUUUUACACUACAAAUAAUGGAUGUUUUAGUCAAUGAACAAACAACGCAGAGAUAUUAUAAAUGAAGGUAGUUUAUUAA